GCUCAGGUGAUAGUUCACCGUGCAGACUCACGGUGCAGACCCCGGGCAUCUCGAAGCAUCACACAAAUGUGGGUGGGGUCGCUUUGAUGCGCAACCAGACAGCAAUGUGCACUCCACAGCAAAGCCCAAACUCCGUUUAAACUUCCAAUAAGAACAAAUAGCCUGCAGAAGGAGGAGGAGAGAGAGAGAGAGUGAGGGGGAAGCGUGGGGGCUCUACUUCCUUAGUCUCAUGCAAAGAUUGGUGAGAUAUACUCAGCUGAGAAUUACAUAAAGCUAGAAGGAGGAAUAACCCUGACUGGACAAAAACUGAGAGGGCACAGGGUGAGGGACCGAGCACUUCAAGUCUUCGAGUCGUGAGUAGGACGUUUAUUAACACGUUUAUCCCUCAUUUGGAGGUUUCUUUUCCCGUGCAUUUAUUUUUUCCCUGUCAGCCUCCUACUAUUUAUCAUGGCAUGGCCGUGCAUUACGCGUGCUUGCUGCAUCAACCGCUUUUGGACCGAGCUGGACAAAGCGGACAUCGCGGUGCCUUUGGUUUUCACCAAAUACUCGGAUGUGGCCGACGUGCAGCAUCUGCCCCAUCACCCGCAGCCGAGACAGAAGAGGGCCGGUGCCAUUGCCAUAGAAACCCAGCCCCAUCCCGAAGAGCAGGAGGCAGGGAAGGCACCGCCCGCGACGGGUGCCGCAGCGGGCAAAGAUGGCUCUUCUGCGUCCGUCAUGCGCCAAGACUUCAAGGCGUGGAGAGUGCGCCCCGAGCCCAGCUGCAAGCCCAGAAACGAGUACCAACGCUCGGCGACCCCGUUCAAUAACGAGACUCAGUAUCAGAAGGACUACAAGCCCUGGCCUAUACCGAAAAAGCACGACCACCCCUGGAUCCCCAAACCGAGCCCCACCGGCGGGCCGGAGCGCAGCGCGGGGAGCGGUAAACAGGAGCAGGCGGCCGCCGAGGCCGAGAGCGGCGUGGAGAAGAGCGCGAUCGAGGAGAAAACGCAGGAAAAAGAGUCAAAGGAGGCGAUGAAGAAAAGCGCCAAGAGGGAAAAGUCAGCGGAGAGACAGACGGGUGAAAAGACGGAGGGACAGGUGGCCGCGGGUGUGGGUGCCGAGCAGAGGAAAGGCAGAGCAGCCGCAGACGCUCUCAACAGACAGAUAAAGGAGGUUAUGUCGUCUUCCAGCAGCUACAGGACUGAGUUCAAGGCAUAUAAGGAUGUGAAACUAGUGAAGCCCAUCAAAACUCCAGCUCAGUAUAAACCCCCGUUGGAGGAGAGCAGUCUGGAAACGAGCUAUACUGCCACAUUCAAGGGGGAGCAGGUGAAGCCUCACCCCACCGACAACAAGCUGCUGGACCGCAGGAGGAUACGCAGCCUGUACAGUGAGCCUAGCAAGGAAACUGCUAAGGUGGAUAAACCAGUGUCUCGCACCAAACCAAAAAAGACACCAACAACAACAACAGGGAAGAUGGUGAAAAAAUCAAAAGAGAAGCAGAUUGCUAGUUCCCAGUCAGCCAAGAAGAAGCCGUCUUUGGGUGCCGCAGAAGCCAAACCAGAGGGAGUUGUCACAAAGAAGAGCAAAGAGAUCAGCAAUAGACUGGCUGAAUCAAAGCAUUAAAAGUAGUUUAUCUCUACACUUUUAUGUGCGUGAUCAAAGGCUACUUGACGCAUUAGGCAAAUUUCUUCCCUUUUGUUUAUUUCCUUACCUGUUGUUUUUGCUGUCUGGUCAUAUAUUGUUCACCUUUGAAUGGGCACUGAUGUUGAGCUUUAAAAUAAUGCAAAUAAUUUCACUGUAAACUGCGCGUGAGUGUGUGUGUAUGUAAAUGUGUGAAAGUAUAUGAUUCCUUGUAUUUUGGUGCACAGAACCGCUUUAUAUUAUUGAGCACAUAAUUUGCACAUUAUUUAUAUGAGUUCCAUUUGGCAUCAUAUAAAAAAAGAGCCAUCAGUACACAUGUAGUAUGUGUAUGAAAGGGCAUUUUUACCUUUGUCUGAAUGGAUGACAGUUCAGAUCAAAAUUAAAAUGAUUGUAGAAAAUGUCAAGAGGAUGCUUUGUCUCUGAGACUGUAUCACAUGAGAGGUUUUGUGAAGAUACAAAAUCUGUUUUACGGUUGUGUUUCCUAGUUACAGUGCCUCCGCUGUAUGGUCCUGGUUUUCAUUUCAUUGUUCUGGAUGAUAUCUGGUCUCAUCAGUUUGGUUGCUAAGAAACCAAAUGAACUGUAAUAUAAUUGCUACAGCUUGCAUGCAGGACCCCGUUUUUGGUUGAGUAGCAACAUUUUAGCGGACUAUAUUGUCACAGUCACAUUUUAGCUUGUAAAUUGAGCCAGUAAAGAUAAAUGUAUAGGGGCGAGACCUUUUGAAAUAUAAUGCAUGUGUAGUAAUAGAUUCUGGUCACACCAAAAAACUAAAGUACAUACAUUAACUAAAAUCAUAGUCUAGCAGCUGUUCAAGCUUUAAAAUUAACACACCAGCAAGAUGGUUUCACCCACAAACAUAUUUCUUGCAAUCUACAUAGAGAUCCACUCCUUUGAUUUAAUGGGAACACUGCAGAUUUCAGGAUGACUGUAUUUUGUGACAUUGUACUCCAUCCUCUCCUCUGAGCUGUGACGCUGUCAUUGUGCUAAAUAAGAAAACAAAAGGCCUGAAAAAAAGAGAACCUACUGUAUUAACUCGAUAAUUUUUACUCUGAAUGGGCUGAUCUCUCCAGGUGUUGAAGGACAAGGAAUGGGCCAGGACUUGUAGUUCAGCUCUUUAAUAUGCUGCUGUCUGAAAAUGCGCAAAAUUACAUCUGUUCAUUGUGAGUGUGACAUGUUUUUACUAAAGAUGUCAUCACAGCCUUCCCUGUCUGGUUAUAAACACAGUCAUCUACCGUGAUACCCUUAGUGGCUAACAUGGCUGCAGUGUGUGAGGGCCCAGUCGAGCACUACCCACCCUGAGCCUGCUUCCAGUUAUAGCUUCAGUGUGUGUGUGAGUGAGAGUUUUUUGUGUCUGACCUCUACAGCCUGCUGCCUGCUAGCAUCAAGUCUGACCCAACCACUAGACGUGCUGCUAUGCACUCCACACCCUGGUGCUAUAUCUCUCAUCGUAUAUGCUGUCUGGUUUGAACUGUGUGUGUUGUCAGACCAGAGUGAAAUGAUGUUAUGACAAUGUCAUACCGCUGCAGACAUGUUGUGAUAUUGUGCUUGUAUUCUCAGCUUGCUCUGAAUGAACUCAUGAUUAAAAUGAUGAUACAGAA